AUGGCGUCAACUCAUCCCGCAGACCUCAAGGUAGACGAGAUCUACGACUAUAUCAUUAUCGGCGCCGGUAUCUCUGGCAUCAACACGGCAUACUACCUCCAAUCUCACGGCCCCAAGAACGCAAGCUACGCCAUCCUCGAGGGCCGUCCACGGAUGGGCGGGACGUGGGACUUAUUUCAGUACCCCGGCAUCCGCUCCGAUUCGGACAUAUACACCUUUGGCUUCUCAUGGAAUCCAUGGAAGGGCGAGAACCCCCUCGCAGGCGGGCCCGAAAUCUGCGCCUACCUCGAAGAAUCAGCCUCCGAGCACGGCAUCGACAGACACAUAAAGUACAACCACCAAGUCGCCUCCGCGGACUGGAACUCGGCGGCAAGCAGAUGGAUUCUCAAGGCCUCAGUCACAGGGGGAGGAGUCAACGACGGGACAAACGAAAAGCAACAGACAAAGACCAUCGCCGCGCGGUUCGUCGUCCUCGGCACAGGAUACUACGACUACGAACAGCCCCUCGCCGCCGCGAUCCCCGGCAUCGACACCUUCCAAGGCCGGCUCGUCCACCCGCAAUUCUGGCCCAAGGACCUAGACUACACCAACAGAAACGUCGUCAUCAUAGGCAGCGGCGCCACGGCCGUCACCCUCCUCCCCAACAUCGCCACCGACGCCGCGCGCGUGACGAUGCUCCAGCGCAGCCCGACCUACAUCAUCGGCAUGCCCUCUCGCAAAGCCGGUCUGCAGCGCUUCAUGCUCUCCAUCCUGCCGAAGUCCGUCUCGAGCCGGCUACUGCGGGUGCAGUAUUUCUUGUUGUCGUAUAUCUUGUACUACUACUGCCAGUGGUUCCCCGGCUCCGCGCGCCGGUUUUUGUUGGGCGCGGCGAAGAAGCAGUUGCCGCCGAAUAUCCCGCUCGAUCCGCACUUUAAGCCGCGGUAUAACCCUUGGGAACAGCGCCUCUGCGUGUGUCCGAAUUCGGAUUUCUAUCAGGCGUUGAGGUCUGGUAAGGCGGAUGUGGUGACGGAUACCAUUCAAGAAGUGACAGGCUCCGGCAUUGUGUUAAAGUCCGGAAGAGUUCUCCAUCCAGACAUCAUCGUCACAGCGACAGGUCUAAAGAUCCGCUUCGCCGGCUCGAUAGCCCUGUCCGUGGACGGCCGGCGCGUGGACCCCAAUACGAAGUUCGCCUUCAAGGGCUGCAUGCUGCAGGAUAUGCCGAACAUGGCGUACGUGUUCGGGUACGCCAACGCGUCGUGGACGCUCGGCGCAGAGGCGACGAGCUCGUUCCUGGUGAGAUUGUGGCGCGGGAUGGAGAAGAAGAGGCUGAGGGCGGUGACGCCGCUGCUCGAAGAUCCGAACAUGAAGCCGAAUGCGAUGAUGCCGCUCAAGUCUACGUAUGUGCGGAACGCGGCAAAGGUGUUUCCCAAGGCUGGGUCGGGGCGGUGGGCCCCGAGGAAGAAUUAUUUGAUGGAUCUGUGGACGGCUAUGACGAGUGAUGUGUUUGCUGGGAUGAAGGUGCAAUGA